CACGUAUAAAUGAUGGGGGGCGCGCAGGGCAACAGGUGACUGGUUGUGUGACGGGCGGCAGCUGGGCAGGACAUGUCUCAGCAGACCCUGCGGCAUACGUUGUCCAUCCUCCUCCCCGGCGUGGAUCUGGCCUCAUAAAGAUGCCUGCGCCUCCCGUUGGGUUCCCUCCCAGCUUUGACACGUUUUCACUUCACCAAAUCCUUAAAACGUGAGGCGAGUGCAUCUGGCGCCAUGUUCUCAGGCCGGACAGACAAGCGGUGCUUCUUCAUGUGUUUGGCCGCCUCUCAGCUGCUGUUCAUCUUGCUGCUGUAUCGGCGUGGAGCCUCCAGCAUGUUUCAGGGAAUUUUCGGAGCCUACCCUGUAUGGGAUUAUUCGAAAACCCAGGACGUCUACACCAACCUGAGCCUAUUCAUUCCGGACCCCGAAGCCGUGAAGACUCAGUACUGUCCCAUCAGGUCUCCCAUACUUGUUGGUCCUUUAACCAUAACGCUCAACAAGCCGCCAAGUUUGAAGAAGAUCCAGAUGAAGAACCGCUAUGUGACGUCUGGAGGUAGCUUCAGCCCCAGGCACUGCUUUGGAAGGUACCGCACAGCUGUAAUUAUACCACACAGGAACAGAGAGUCUCACCUCCGAAGCUUGCUCUACUACCUUCACCCCUUCCUGCAACGCCAACAGCUGCACUACACAAUAUUUGUGGUCCAUCAGGCGGGGAACGCAAUGUUUAACCGGGCCAAGCUCCUCAACAUCGGCGUGAGAGAAGCGCUGCGCUACAACAGCUGGGACUGUUUAAUCUUACACGACGUUGACCUCGUUCCGGAAAAUGACUACAACCUGUACAUAUGUGACGAGUAUUACCCCAAGCAUCUCUCCAGCGCCAUGGACAAGUUCAAGUACAGGCUUCCAUAUUGGACAUAUUUUGGAGGAGUGACUGCACUUACACCAGAUCAGUUCAUGAGGAUCAAUGGAUUCCCCAACGCAUACUGGGGCUGGGGAGGAGAGGACGAUGAUAUCGCCAUGAGGAUUCGCCUCUCGGGGAUGAAAAUCACUCGGACGCCUUUAAGCCUUGGCCGAUAUAAAAUGAUCCCACACGACCGUGACUCCGGCAAUGAGGAGAACUCUUACAGGCAUAAUCUGUUAAGUAAAACCAGAAUAACCUGGAGAGAAGACGGGAUGAACUCCAUAGCUUUCCGCCUGCUUUCCAGAGAGAAGACGGAGCUCUACACCAACCUCACGGUGGACAUCGGUGAAACUCCGGUCAUGCCGACCGACGCAAGAAAGUGGGGUUUUUUCUAACCCUUGGUCAGGGGCGUACUGAACUAUAGAGAAGCAUCCAGUGAUAUGGCUGCGGACCUGCAGUCUCUUCUCCAGUCCCUAUGCAUUCUGUAAAACCAUGAGACCUGUCGUUUCCAUUGUGACCAGUAGAGGUCACUGUGUGGACCGUGAGAUGCUGGAAUGAAACGACUUGGCCCUGACCGGUCACCCGCCUGAAGUGGCAGUCACAUUCUGACCAGGGACACAGACCAAUCACAUGAUCAUCAGUAUGUACAUAAUAGGGGAGCACAGACGCAUGGUCCCAGUGAAAUUAAUGGGUUUAUGGACUUUGUGUCAGUUGAUUUGUUAACUGCACAUCUUGAUUCACAAACUGCUGCUUUUUUGCUCUAUUAGAAAAUAAGAGCACUUUUUUGGUAUCCUCCCUGUUCUUUGUGUCGUUCUCUUAAAGGCUAGGUCCACCUUCACAACCAUUUCUUAUCGCGCCAUUGCAUUGAUAUUGAGAAAGGAAGUAACUUUGCGCUAGCUCUUGAUUAAGAAUCUCCUAUCAUUUUCUUUAUACAGCACUUCUGCAAACCAGUGUGUCUCCAUGGUAACAGACAACAGAGCCCCGCGUAGUCUGAUUCUGCAGUCACACUUUCUUAGCCUCUUGGUAACCUGCUGAUUGUAUGUUGGCAUAAAUUUGAGAAUAGAUGGAAGGAGUGUGACCGCAGGAUCAGACUACAAGGGGUUGGUCUGUUGUCUGUUACCAUGGAGACACAUAGGUCUGCCUAGGAGCUGUAGACACAGAACAGGAAGUUUUUUUUAAUCAAGUCCUAUUGCAAAAUUAUUUCACAUUUUUUAUUUUUCAUUUUAAAUGCAAUGGUACAAUAAAACAGUGUGAAGGUGGACGUAGGAGUAAAGUAUUAAUGAGCUAUCCACAGGACAGGUCGUCAGUAUCUGAUCGGUGAGGAUCCGGAGAAGCUCUGGUGAGAGCUGCAGCCUCAUCCUCGGCCAGGUCAUCAAUCACGUGACCUAGACGCAGCUCAGUCCCAUUCCAGUGGAUUGGACUGAGCUGCAAUACCAAGCACAGCCACUAUACAAUGUGUGGCGCUGUGGUCGGUAAUCCCAUAG